AUGGAUAAACCAAUCGCUCGUAUGGGCACUAUUGCGCAAAAGUUCCAGGAGUUCAAAAAGAAGAUGGUGCGCCGUCACAGCACCCUCCAAAAUAUUCUGACUCCCAUAUUUUCCCUCCCACCCGAAAUCCUACGCAAUAUCCUUUCAAGGGUCUUUGCUGAUGAUAACCGGGUGCUUCCGGAGGAUCUAUUGCUGGUUUGCUCCUCGUGGAAAUCGCUGAUUCUCUCCUCUCCGGAGUAUCGAAGUGGACCUGCAAAGUCCCCAACGCUCUCGAGCCUACUUCAGGCUUUCGAGGCCACGAAAAUACAAGUCACCCUUCGUAGGCCACACUUGUCUGGUAGUUCGGUUGAUGCGAUUCCAUUAUGGAUCGCCAGCGAAGAAUUCGCCACGCGAGUGACGUGUCUCUCUAUGCAAUUGGAGAGCCAGGUCACUCAGGAGGUCCAUACUGAGAGACACGAAGAAGUUUCCUCACCCCACCGAACUUCAUCUCUCGGGAGUAAUCCUAAGGUACACUUUUUUGGAGCAGGUCAUGAAUGUCCAGUCUUUGGUUUCGAAAGACGGCUUCAUGGACGAUGUCAUCAUGAUGACAGUGAUUGUCCACAGCUGCACACUUUCCAUAUGCAUUGUGGUACUUUUGAACCUGCAUUCCCGGGACCGGACAUGGACAUGGCCCCAGUCCAUCUCCCUGAUCUCCGAGAAUUUCACGUUUUGUUUCAUGAUCUCCUCAUAGUGGCGCACCUUUUGGAGCAGAUCAAAGCAUGCGAAAUACGCACCCUUCGGAUUGAAUCUUAUGAUGAAUCUACAAGUUUAGUUAAGAGCGAGGUCAUACCUAUGGCUGGAUGGAUUUCAAUAGCGAACCAAUCGCUCAAUGAACUUGGAUUUGGCCAAAUCCGCACCAUCACCCACUUCCUAAGCCUGCUUCUAAGGGAGACUAAACCCCGCGAGUCGAGUGCUUUUCUGGGAUUAAGGCACUUGGUUUUACGGACACCAGUUACUGAUUUGAAUGAUGGGGAUGAUAGAAACGAGGUUUCGCAACUCCGGACUUUGGUGCGACGCCUUUACACGCGGAGUAGGGGAUUGGAAACUCUGGAGGUCACCUACAAUUUCAUCAUGAAGGAUUCUGCAGCAUUGAAGCAAUACGUUGGAGCCGUUCAUAUUAUCGCUGAGCAUGAUUGA